UUUCGGCUAUUUCCGUCGAGCCCGCUGUUGGCAGAGUGGCAUUGAAUUAGUCCCAGAUCUGGGUGACUGUGGAGGUGUGAUGUCGGCUGUGGGUCAGCAGCUCUUAGGGGAGGUUGAACGUGUGUAUGCUGCACAAGGCAAACUUACAGAUGAGAUUUUGUCAUCGUUGCAGUUUGUGUUCCAAGCUCCAUUAUUACCUGCUCUUGAUCUUGUAGACAAGAAAGCCGUUAGCUUCAUGACAUCCCCCUCAGGGAGGUCUCUCUACCAGGUAAUCGGGAGUUCAGGCACACCUUACGCUUGCUUUACAUCCAGCAUAUACUGCUCCUGUCCAUCAUACAGGUUCUCAGUCCUUCUGAAAGAAGACCAUAUGAUGUGUAAACACCUGUUGGCCAUUCUUUUGAGUAAAAGAAUGGACUUAAUUCAGACAGCAAGUGUAACUGAUCAAGAGCUGUCAUCAAUGAUAACACACAUGGCCUUGAGUUGAUACAGCAGCACUGCACAGGGUGAAAUUGAUGCCCUGGAGGUGACACAGAGCAGGUGGCAGUGUCACAAAAGAUGGCCUGGAGGUGACACAGAGCAGGUGGCAGUGUCACAAAAGAUGGCCUGGAGGUGACACAGAACAGGUGGCAGUGUCACAAAAGAUGGACUGGAGGUGACACAGAGCAGGUGGCAGUGUCACAAAACAUGUCCUGGAGGUGAUACAGAACAGGUGGCAGUGUCACAAAAGAUGGACUGGAGUAGACACAGAGCAGGUGGCAGUGUCACAAAAGAUGGCCUGGAGGUGACACAGAACGGGUGGCAGUGUCACAAAAGAUGGACUGGAGUAGACACAGAGCAGGUGGCAGUGUCACAAAAGAUGGACUGGAGUUGACACAGAGCAGGUGGCAGUGUCACAAAAGAUGGACUGGAGUUGACACAGAGCAGGUGGCAGUGUUGAACUGACGGACUCAAAUGGAUGCUGAACUGACAAGCUGAUACAGCAGCACUGGGUUUUUUCUGUUUUCUUUGGCACAUAAUUUUUUUUAUGGGCCAGUCUUAUUAGUAAAGAAUAAAUGCAAAUUCUGUU